GGUUUAUCUUUAAUACUGCGAUCGAUUUGAUAGUAAACAUGGCUACGAUUGAAUUCAUGAAGUUUUAUGCAAUGCGUCUUCAAAAACUACUGUUGAUGAUUAUUAUUGGACUUUCAAUGAUGUAAAUCGAAUUUUUAUUCAUUCUUAUAAAAUUAAUCAUUUAAACUUUUGCACAGGUUAUCCCUUUUUAUCAUUUGUCAUUAGGCUUUGUUUGGCUGUUCAUUCUUAUACUUAUAAUUAUAUUGAAAAUAUUAUAUUGUGGCCAUUCGGAUUCGGACCCUUGCCCCAGAUUAUAGUUAUAGAAGUGACUAAGAGGUUGGGAUUAAAAAAAAUAAAAAAAAUAUUAUUGUUGAGUUUUAAGACAAACUUUUGGCAUCAAAUGAAAGAUAAUUGGGUAAUCUACCACUUGACUUGAGCGUUGGCCAAGAAAAAAUCCAGCUGUUUCUGUUGGAAGGGCUAUUUAAACAACUAUUCUUAUAUUAUUUUUAAUGAGAUUGGUUGUACUAUUCAUUCCCAUAAUAAUAGACAAUUUUUUUAAAUAGAAAAACUAUAACAAUAUUUUUGAAAUAGAAGAUAAUGUGUGAAAAAGGAAUUAUGCAUAGUUCUCCCCCAAGUUGAUAAUGAAGUUUUAAAAAAUAUAAUUUCCACGAAAACGGUUGAGGUACAUGACAUGAAUUCACGUAAAUAUGAAGGAGAAAGAUCACCGGCGCUUCUUGUGCCAAACUGUCUUUUCAGUUUACGCUUUCUGAGCAUCAUGUUUUCCACAUUCUGUGUGUGGACAUCCGCGUCAUCUGGAUCAAAAAACAUAAUUGUAGUCUCUUUUUCUUCCUGGCAUAUCAGUAGCUUGGCAGUAAUAAUUAUUUAAAUGUAGUCUUGUGCUAUAUAACUUUAUAGCCUCUAUAUGGAAGCAAAAAUAUUAACAGACUCCAAUGUAAGAAUAGUUGUUUAAAUAGCCCUUCCAACCGGAACAACUCGAUUUUUUCUUGGCGACGCUCAAGUGGUAGAUUACUGAUAAUUGAAUGGGCUUUAUGUCUGUAAAUUUAUUUCUUCAGUUUAACUAAAAUAAACUACCACAAAUGACAUCCCAAACGGCAGUGACUUCAUUGAGUUUAGUUUAAAGGCAAAGUAAAGGGACCCAGUUCCGAAUAGCUAUGUUGUCCGAAACUACCAAUAGCUUCUAGGCGGCUAUUAGUUUACUAUAAAAAAAACUACCAAUUGGUGAUUGAUUGAAUAAGCAUUGGUAGUCAUUAUUUUCAAUUGAAUAAGCAUUGGUAGUCAUUAUUUUAUUUGGAAAAUUAUUAGAAAACGUCCUGCGAUGGCCGCCAUCUUGGUUGAACAACCAGUUAAUUUUGUCACUAAUGUAUCCCUAAAUCGAUCCCUAUGCCUAACCUGAACCCUAAAUCGAUCCCUAUGCCAAAACUGAACCCUAAAUCGAUCCCUAUGCCUAACCUGAACCCUAAAUCGCUCCCUAUGCCUAACCUGAACCCUAAAUCGAUCCCUAUGCCUAACCUGAACCCUAAUUCACUGCAACUAUAAAAAACACGCAAAUGAUGUCACGUGUUGAAAACUAAGAAUCAGCCAAAAUUUAUGGUAGUGUGUCUUGUCUCAUAAAUUCACUCCACUUGGAUUUUCAAGACAUAAUACGCUUCUUUUUCUUUCUUUGUAUAUAUUUUUAUGUAUUCCUAGACAUUAAAUUAAUUUGUGGAUAUAUAUAGAUGCACAUUAUACCCGUCCAAUGAAAUUGUUUAAUUGUACACACAAAUAUUGAUGCCAUUAUAAGUUAACGAAGGCUCACUUGUGUAAAUAAUACUCGUAGACCUAUUUCCCAACAGAAAGUCAAUAACAGGAGUGGAGGGGGGGGAGGCCACGUAACCAUUUUCCUAAACAAAGAUUGGCCUAAGCCAGUGGUUGGCAAAUUCAUUAGUCAAAAGAGCCAAAAAUCAGCACCAGGAACAUUAAAAAAUUUUUGAGAGCCAAAUUUCUUUUCAAGAAUCUAUCAAGAACCAUGUUUUUCAGAGUCAAAACCGUUUUGUGGCUGACUGGCCAAGCUGCACUCAGGUCGCUAAAGAGCCGCAUGCCACUGGCCUAAACUUAUGUUAUCAUCUUUAAGCUUAAUCUCGUUAUUGUACAGUUUCAUUAAACUAAAGUUACAAUAUUUUUUUAAAAAUAGGCACACUUUGUAUGCAGUAAAACUAUUCUUAUGGUAAUAACAGACCUGUUUACUAAACUACGAUUUUGGCGUAUAUUGUUCGAUUUUUAGAAGUCUUUUACGAUUGUACCCUGAGAUCCGCCAAAAUUACGAUUUUCAGAGACCUUGUGUAAAAAUAUUCUGGUAUUUCUUUCAGAUUAAAAAAAAAUUAAAUAAAUUUUCCGGUUGUGUGUGGAAGUUAUAGCCCUCUGUAUUAAAAAUCUGGUAGUGAAUGGAUCGAGAAAAUCGAUUGGUUGAAAUUUUUUUUUAAAGUUUGGACCAUCCUUCAUUAUAUAAUGUCCACAUUGAUGGGGGGGGGGGUGUGUUGAUAAAGAAGAUUUGUGGCAUGCCAGACACAUAGGUAGGGGAUUGGUGGGAGUGUCAAAGGAUAUAAAAAUAUCACUGCAAGGUUGAUAUUGAGGGGGAUGACUGUCAAAUUGCUGCUUUGUGAAUAUUUAGACUAGUCGCCAUAACAACAUAGUUUUAUUACAUAAUUAUUUUGUUUUCGUCUGAACCGCAGCGAUUGUGAAAACAGAGAAAGCUAGAGAUGGUUUUUGAAAUAAAAUACAUUACCCCGGUAUCCAACUGUUCUGCACUGGAUAUUUUAUAAGAUCUAGUCAGCAGCAUUUAAAAGAUAUUUUUAGAACUCGCAAAGCAGCUUUAUCCCCGCAAAUAUUUUAAUACAUCAGUUUGGUAUCACUACUCUUACUCCCCCCCCUUUUUUUAACAACUUGCGGUAGUUAUUAGACAAUAUUAUGUUAUCGGAAAAAAUCAGGCACCUUUUGGAUAGGCGAAGGAAAAUUUUUUCCCCCCAUUUUUGAGGGUGGGAGAAGAGCUAGCCAACCUAGUAAAGCGUCUUGAAAAAACUUCAUCGUCCUUUGGUAUGCAAAUCAGUGCAGAACAAACAGAAUUGAUGACGAAUAACACCACCAGCAUCGCCUCUGAAAUUAAGGUCGGGAGGAAAGAUUAGAGACAGUAGGCAGCUUAAAGUACCUAGGAGCAACAGUCUUGGAAGGAGGCUCCAAGCCCGCAUUGAUGUCCAGGAUUGCCCAGAUCACAACAGCACUAAAGAGGCUUAAGAAAAUAUGGAACAACAAAAAUUUAGCCCCCAGCCCCAAAAUCAGGCUGAUGCGCUCAUUAGUCCUCUCCAUUUUCUUGUACCGGUAUGCCUGUGUGUCCUGGAAAUUAACAGGACAACUUGAAAUUGAAAGAAAAAUAAAGGCGAUGGAGAUGAGAUGUUUCAGAAGCAUUCUUGGCAUCUGCUAUAGAGACCAUAUCUCCAAUGAACAAGUGAAAGAAAGGAUUUGUCAAGCAAUUGGGCAGUUUGAUGAGCUCCUGGUGACUGUAAAAAGUGCAAACUGGUAUGGUAUUGUCACGUGACAAGAAAACAAGGGAUUGCCAAAGAAAUCAUGCAGGGCACAAUGAGAGGAGGGAGAAGAAGAGGAAGACAUAGAAAAAGAUGGGAAGAUAACAUCAAAGAGUGGACAGGACUAAAACUAGGCAAUGCUGUGCAAAGUGCAGAAAACAGAGAGGAAUGGAGGAGGAUAGGUCUCAUGUCAUCAGUGGCACCCCAACGGUCCAAGGACUAAGGGACAUGAUGAUGAUGAUGAUGAAGUUUGGUUCUGCUGAGCAAGAUAAUAACUUCACCAGCGCGGAAAGACAUGUUGGUGGACUACAGUGUGUUGUCACUAUGCCAUAUUAACUAUUACUACUGCAGCGAUCUCUUUAUGAAAACACUAGGCAGCCUUAACAAUAAUAUUAGGCCUAAUUAGAAUUCAUGAAUUUCUCAGAUUUUCAGGUGACAAUUGGCUCAAUAUGAGACUCUCAGGAUAAUUAUUGUAGAAUUUAUGCAUAAAUGUAGGUGCAUUCUGGUGAGCCCCCUCCCAUAAAAGCUGUCAUACGCAUCCUCAGCGCAUACGUAAUAGCCCUUUGACCCUUAUGUUGACAAGAUGCGGCUGGGGGAGGGGUAUGAAUAUUUUCUUUAAUUUUUUUUAUUUUGCGUACCGAGUAUGUUAUAUAAUUAUUGUAUAUGAAUGUCCCAUUGUCCAAACAGCUCUGGCGUUUGAAUUCGGCUGCAUUGACAGAUGUGUGCAUUGCAUGAUUUUAAUGUUACGGGUACCAUUUAUGGAAUCCGCGAUUCAUUUUGUUUUCGGUACCAUAGUUUAUUUUACUUAGGUAGUAUAUCACAAUAUGCCAUAUCGUAUGGCCUUGACAAAAAGAAAGGCACAUGAAGCUGAAGCUGAAGUAGAAACUUCUACUUCUACCAAUAAAAAUCAGAUUCAAAAAAAGAAAGUUUAUCAGCAGAUAUUCUUGCUUGAAUAUCAGACAAAAUUUACUGAGUUCUUCAUCGAAAGGUCCAUCAUACUCGCACUGCUCAACCUGCAAGUCUGAAUUUUCAUUAGCAGUCAAUCAGGGGCAAAAGGAAUGGAUUUGAUUUAGGAGAUUUUGUGUAUGGCGCAGGUCUAAAUAAUUAAAUCUAUAGGCCUAAAAUCAACACCCCCACAUUUCUGUAAUGACAGUUUGGUGGUGUGGGGGGUGUUCCUCGGCAGAAAAUGUACGCUAAUAACAGCGUUAUUAAUAAAUUCUACAAUAUUCAUCCCCAAACUCUGAGCAUAUUUAUAUCUCCAAUGCUGUAAGGUACCAUCCAAUGUUUAGUAGGAAUUAUCGUUGUGAUGUUGUCAAGAUUUAUUUUCACAAAUGAACUCGCUAGCUAUAUUCAGUAGUAGAGAAAUUACAGUAAUGUUUAGUCCACCGAAUGUUCAAUGCGCGCAUGAUGUAUAUUUUGUUGGGCUAUGUCAGUGGUUGUAAAAUUUUCGUUUCGGCGCCUAUGUACAUUUCAAAAUAGCGAAUACAAAAUAAAAUAAAGGUUGGGAUAAAAAUAAAUAUAAUGUGUAUGUGGGUCACUGAGCCCCAUCUGUAACUGCAAACAGUAGUUACUCAAUGGGGUAACUGUUUGCACCAUGACUGAAAGUUGUCACAUUGGAUUAUAAGUGAAAAUAAAAUUAUGAACAUUUUGUAAUGUUUUCCAACAUCCCUGUGACCAAGUCCCAGCAACCGAUAUAUAAAAAUGUGCACCCCCCUGGGGGGACCAGUAAAAGGGCAAUUUAUGCACCCCUUGCCUUUGUGAAGUAAAAGGGUUUUUAUAGUUAAAUUCACUGUUAAGUUUCUUUCUCAAAAUGAUUUUGGUGUCUGUUGCUCUUUGCCACAUUCUCAUGGCCCUGCCCGAGGGCAACGAGCACCCAGGGCGAUGUGGCAAAUAUGCUGACCACUGGACUGGCAGAAUCACCAGUGGUGAAAACCUGUGUCACAUUUUGUUUACUGUAACAUCAUAAUAUAUAAUGGAUUUUGUUUAAUUAAAAUUUUUUUUGUUAUUUAAAAGUACGGGGGGGGGGAGGGGGGGAGAGUUAAAUAAUUUGACUUUUAUGCCGUGCUAGAUGACCCCUCCUCGUGUUUAUUUGCUUGUAUGACCUUAUUGUGUGACAUAAUUUAUUUCUUACAGGUGACCGUGGAUAGUACAGAAACUGAGAAAAGUAGAGAGUGCACUCUCAACUGUUAACAUGCAGCAAUAUUAGAUUUCAACAUAUUUCAUAGGAUUUGAGGGGGGCCUUUGCAUUUAUAAAAUGCACAAAACAGCUGUACGAUUUUUAAUACCCUUUAUUCCUUUCACCCAUUUACAGCUUGUGGUCGUAAUCAGACAGUUAUUCGGUAACAGGAAAUAGGCAUAAUGGAUAUUGAUUAUUAAUUAAUUUUAAAAAAAACUUCUUUUCCUAAAAAAUUAAUCUCAAGUUACUUAUUAGGUUGUUUUUAUAAUGAUGCCCCAAUUUGUUAACCGUAAAUUAAAUUUUAUUUUAAUACCGGUACAUCUUAUUUUAUGCUGAUCUGACUUCGAGUUUGAACUACGUUAAAUUUCACCAGUAACUUUAUUUUUACCAGUGACUGACUGGGAUAAUAUGAUCGUAAAUUACCAAUAGACACUUUCUUUUCGUCUUAGACCAGACUAGCUAGGCAGACUACUUUCUAGUCUCAGACUAGAAAAAGUAGCUUUAGAAAGUCUAGUUCCAGUUGUAAAGUUUGAGGUUGACUGACUCAGUGACUGAAACUCAAGAGUAAGACUAAGCGUUAGGUUAAGAUCUAUCAUCUAUGUGAUUAAGCCAAGUCUAGCUCUUAAUUAAGGCCUUAGGCUUUAUUUAAUUUAAAUAAAUAGGCCUACUACUACUGGCACUGGCACCAGUGGUAGAGGCAUCACUGGGGAAAGGGGAGGGGGGCACAAAAACAGUGCCACCAGACUCACAGGGCCUCUUGUACUUGUUUGUUGUUCCAUAACAAUAAGAUCAGUGGCAUAGCUUAAGUUAUGUCCGAUUUAUUGGUGUUACUUCAGAGAAAAAAACAACCUGUAUUCUGUAUUUCAAUUCCAUUCUUAUAACUUAUGUAUUGUUGUUUUAAAUUAAUUGCAAAAUAUGAAUGGCCAUUUCAUUUCUCUGUUUUGUUUAUAAUUAUAAUUGUAUAUGUAAGCUUAAAUUUUUUUUUUCAAUCUUUCUGCCCAAUCCUUAAUGAAAUGGAUUCCAACAAGGGCUUACUUAUUCAAAAAAUUAAAAAGCUCAGAUAACUAUGUUCUCCAAUUUUGGCUGUGCCCAUGGCACAAGGCCUUAAUCCCACAACAUGUUAUAGUUAUAGGUAGGAAAAAUUAUUACUUUUUCUUACAUUUGCAGUGGUUUAUUUACCAUCAGCUAGUACUAGUGUCCUUGGGCAAAUUCUUCCAUAGGCUGUAGGGCAGCAUAAAUAUAAAACUUUAUCAAUAAAAUUUAGACACUGACUUGGUUUGUGCAUCACUGUAUGAUCUGGUUAACAUUUACUCUGUUUGUAGGGUGACACCAACCCUAAUGCCUGGUGAUGCCUCUGUCUGGCACUAUUGACCCUAUUGCCCUGUCAUUAUGGAUGGAGAGUUAAAAAUUAUGUUUAUUUGCAUUUCAGAUUUGACAUGCUUAGGUUUAAGAAUUAUUUCACUAAAAAAAAUAAAAAUGAAUGGAAGCAUCUCUCAUCAAUUGUAUCCUAUUUGAUUUAGCAAAAUUUGUUGUAUAAUAUAAAUCAAAUUUUAAAGAUAAUAUCCUUUUUUAAAACAAUAUAUAAUACAUAUAUUAGCCUAUUCACUAAUAAUUUUUGUAACUUUAUGUAUUUUAAACUCCAACAGAAAACCAGUAACUGCAGCCUAUUUUUGUUACUUUGGAAAAGAUAUCAAUAGCUUAAAUGCUUUGCAGAACCAAUCAUGUACUACAGGAGAGCUGCAUCUUUUGAGUUCUUUAUUGCUAACUGAACAGCAGACUCUGUCUUCCAAUGUCGACAAGCAAACUAUGUCUGAUGUUGAACAAGAAGAAAAGAAGCACAGCUUCUGCUAUGCUUUUCGAUUUGUUGAAGUACUGCUUUUGGCUAAUGAUGUCAAAAAAGAGUCGGUACAUGUGGAGUUUGGAUGUGAUUUGGAUUCUCUCAAUAUCUGUGAAAAGCAACCACUAGAUCAGAUCUUAAAAAAUGUAAGUUUUAAAGUUAUAUUGCAUUUAAACUUCAGUUACAAAAAAAUCAGCACAAGGAAGCAAACUCCUAACUAUUAUUUUACUUAGCAGAAAUUAUGUUUUAUUUUGGAUAAACAUUUUUUCAAAUUUUUUUUAACCUGCCUGAAUUAAUUAGGGGUCAGUUCUAUUUUUAAAAGCUUUAUUUAUUUUAAAUUAAUCUGAAACUUUUUAGAAUUUUAGAAAAAUGGCAAGAUUCAUGAAAAUACUUUUAAAAACUGAAAAGUGUAAAAAUGAAGAAAAAAUCAUCAAAUUAAAAUAACACCAGUGGGCCUAUCUUUACCAUUACAAAUAUUAUUAUUUACCUCAGCGGUGUCAAACUCAAUCGCUCGGUGGGCCAAAACUCAUGUAAGGUUGCGGGCCAAACAGGAUAAACAUUCAAUAAGCGGAAAAUUAAUAUUUUUUAAAAACAUUUAUACAAAUGAAAAUAAAAAGAAGUUUUAAUAAUUAAAAAUCAUUGGCAUACACAUUUUCUUGGCUAAAAAAACAAGUAAGUUCGUUUAUGUUGGGAGUAAAGUUUUGUGUCAUUGAGAAACUCAUGAUGGACUGCAAGUGUUCAUCAGUGAGACGACUCCUAGAUGAUGUUUUGUUAAUCUUCAUCACAGAAAACAACUGCUCACACAUAAUGUGCUACCCAACAUGCUCAAAGUUCGAGCCAGAUGUAGAUGAAGCUGGGGCAUCUCUUCAGGAAUGAAACAAGUGAACUGUGCAGGCCCAACUGUGUCGUAAUUUGCCUUUAGUGUCCGAUUACACUGCAGCUCUAUUAGCUCCAUCUUGAAAAUUUACAGGUGCAGUUUUCACGUCUAUGACAAAUGGGUUACGAAACAGCUCGAAAUUACAUUUCUGUGCUUCAAAGUCACUAAAGCGCAGUGUGAACUCAGCGCGAAUUAAGCUAAGUUUUUCAGCAAAGUGUGCAUAUGGAAACACCAUAGCAUUGACUUGGAUAUAAUUGUACGCCGGUCAAGACCUCUUGGGCCUGAAAUAAUUGUAUGGCCGGCGAUGUGGCCCGCGGGCCUUGAGUUUGACACAUGUGGUAUACCUAAAUUACAUCUAAACAUAUAAAUUGGAGGAAUUGUUGCAUUAUUUAUUAUUAUGAAUUUCAAUAUUAUUGUAGAAGACAGUGGGACACCAUAAUGGACAGUUACUGUGUUGCUAUGGAGAAAACUGCAAUGACCUUGAAAAAAUUCACCUGCCAGCAGAAAAUCGAGUUUGUUUCGAAGGUGUUAAGAAUAAAACUGAUGUUCCUGAUGGUAAGGCUGAAAUAAUAGUGUUAAAUUUAUUGUUAAAAAUUGAUUUAAACUUUUUAUAUUUAUUUCGCAAUUUUAGAAUUGUGGAUGUUUAAGAUUGGUUUUAAGAUAAUGCCUUUAAAAUUUUGUGUAUUUACUUAAACUUAAAUAUCUACAGGAGGAUUGAACUCAUGUAAACAGCCAGAUGUAGUUUGUGCUAAAAGAACAGUUUAUAUGUCUGAUGGAAAAAUUGAAAGAUACUUUUGUGAUAACAAAAGAGAAUGUUUUCAACCACUGAUGACCUCAGGCGCUUAUAAGUCUUGUACCAAUGUAAGUGGAAAAUAUACUUCUAAUUUGUUGUACUAGGUAAAUUUAAUAAAAAUCUGGGGAUAAUUAAAACUAAUUGACGAUAUUUGUAACAUUACUUUGUGAAAUAUUUAUUUUGUUCACAUUGAUUUUUUCCUCAUGACAUUAACAAAUAAUUUUUUAAAAAGUGAAUUCAAACUGAUUUCAUGAAACUGAAAUUUUGGCUUUAGACUAUGUAAUGAAUUAUCUUAUCAAGCGGUGGGCAAACUACGGCCGCAGGUGUCAUGCGGCCCGGCAAGUGAUGUUAUGGGGCCCCGAAUGGCAUUUAGAAAUGCAAAAAAAUAUUUCUUUUUAAGUUAUCUUAUUGAAUUUUACAGAAUUUCAUGUUCAGUUAUGAUUGUUUUAGCAUAUUUUAUAAAAUUUCUUUUAAUUUUUCUAUUUUGGUAAACAGUCUUUGACCUUCGUAAUGUAAUGCUAAUAUGACAAAAUAUAUAUGCAGCCCUCCAAUAGCUUUUCAUUUGUCAAUAUGGCCCUACGCCAGACCUGUUUACUUUUAUAAUUUUGGCAUAGGGGCCAUCCAUAAAAGACGUCCACCAAUUAUUUGCUAUUUUUUACCCCCCCUCCCCCUUUGUCCACUUUUGUCCACUUUUGACUUGACCCCCCCCCGUUGUGGACGUCCAAAACAUAAAAUUUACCAAACUUAAAUUAAUGAAUAUUUUGGCAAAAUGUACAACAAUAUAAAGAGUAUGUAUUUACAAAGAUUUUUUUUAGAAAUUCCAAUUAUUUGCAGGCAAAAAUUCUAAAUGCAAUAAUAACUGUUCAAAAACAUUUUAUUGAAUCACUGUAUUAAAAAUGUAAUAAACAAAUAAUCCACCACACUUCAAUCAACGGAAAAUUCGGACUGCAGCCAUUCAAACAUGUUUCGUAUAAUGACAACAUCUGUUCUUGAGUCUUCAAUUGCUAAUUCAAUUUGAGUGGCAGUCUCUUCGUCUGAUUCGUCUGCCAUAUUAUGUUCACUAGCAGGAAUAUUGCAAUGGACGACCUUAUGUAUUUUCAUUGCCGCCUGUGAUGGGAAAUAUUUACCGCAGAAACAUUUUCUCUUGGAAAUUCUCCCAGCCACCGAUGGACAAUAGAGAUCAAAAGGCAUGCUACUGUAAUUGAUCGGGCAGUAAAUUUGCAGUAAAUUUAUGCAAAACUGCUGCACUCAAAAAAACACUACAAUGUGGACAUCCACUUUGUCCUAAACCCCCUCCCCCCCUUUGUCCACUUUAGUCCACUUUUUGCUGAACCCCCCCUCCCCCCUUUUGUGUGGACGUCUUUUAUGGAUGACCCCUNCCCCCCCCCCCCCCCCCCCCCCAAUCUAAUCUGUAAUAAUUGUGUUGAGGUGAUCUUGCUUUCAAAUUUAUUUUUGAUCUGUGUGCAAUUAAGUCAAUAAUAAUUAUUUUGUUGAGUUUUUAAUGAAUUAAUUUUUUUAUUUAGACUUCCAUAGGUUAUAAUACAACCGAAGAGCUUUGCUGCUGUGAUCAGAACAGAUGCUAUCUUCCCACAUGGUUUACUUCUCCAUUAAAUGUUAAAAAUGGCACCUCUGACAAUGAGCCGCUAUUGAGAACUAAUGCCAUUGACAAUCCAAUGCAAGAAAAGAAUGAGAAAGCCAUCAUAACUGGACUAGCUGCAAUAUUUUUGUUCAUCAUUGGAUUUGGAGCAGGGUUUAUAUUAGUUGUGGCAUGUAAGAGGCAUCGGAAGCCAAGACGUGACCCGAAUGUCAUCAUGCAGUAUGAGAGACUGGCAUCUGAUCCUGACAUGGAAGAUGCAGUAGUUUUGUAGACUUGGUUAUGUUGAGUAUUUUGGCUUACAUGGCCGCCAUAUCCAUCCAUAUAUUGGUUCUGUUUUUCAAGCCACAUAAGAUGCAUUUGAUAAAAUCAUGUAUUAGGUUUUAUUUUUUUUUCUUUAACAAGUAAAAAAAGUUGUGACAGAAUGUUUAAAUAUGCAAUAUUUUUUUUUACUUAUCUGGUCAAUGCACAGCGUGCAUUAUUAUUGAUUCAAAGAUACUCAUGGCUAAGGCUAAAGAAAAUAGUACUUUUUAAAUAUUGAAAAGUUGUAACCAUUAUGGAGUUCAUUAUUGGUUCCUUAAAAUAUUUAUUAAGACAAGUGAUGUCUGACUGGCAAUUUUUUUUAGCACUGCUAUUUAGUUCUUAUGAUUAAUAAAUUAAUUUUUAUAAAGCUUGUAACUCAUAUUAUAUUGUGUGUAUAAAACCACCUACAUGUACAGUGUAAGACUUUGACAUUUUCAAUACUCAACAUUAUUUUCUCUGUUCAAUGAGAUAAAUAUCUCACUAUGCAUAAUAGCAAUAGCUGUACAUAUAUAAGGCAAUAAAACUUUCUGAGAAUGUUUACACUUGUAUACAACAUUCUAAAUGGCUUCAACACAUGAGGUGUGAUUGCAAGUGUUGUUUGAAAGUGAUAUAUAUUUUUUUAAAUGAUGCACUUUAUUAUUCAUUUGAAGUAGGAACAAAUAAAUAACAAAAUAUUUUGAAUCAGGAAGGUUCAUAUAACAAAAAGGCAUAAUAAUAAAGAUUAUACUUAAAUUACUGAUUAAUCUUCAAUUAUUACCUUCAAACAGUCACCAAAUUUAUUUAUAUAUUUUUUCUAUCAAAAUAAAUGAAUAAUGUUUCUUAAGGGCAUUCUUUAUUGGCCAAUUCUGUAUUUUAGCUUAUUUUUUGCCCUAAUCAAUGACAGAGGUUUUGUUAUUGUUUAAAAAUCUGUUUUGAUAUGAUUGAAUUGGAAAGUUAAUGUUUUGUUAUUUGUUAGGUGACCAAAGACUGGACAUGAGCAAAUUUGAGACAUAAAUUCAACUGCUUUUUAAAAAAUAAUUUGCUGAUUAUUAUUUUAAUUUUAAAGGGUACAGAGUUUUCUUAAUGAAGCCAAAAGUAGGGCUUCUUAAAAAAACAAAAAUCAAAAAGUUUUUUUUUUUUUUUAUCUCUUUGGCCUAUUUUAACUUCUUUUAAGAUCAGAAAAUGUUAAAUUUAAUUGUGGUUCUAUCAAGA